UGUCUCUCCUUUCUCUCUCUCUCUUCUUCUUUCUCUCUCUCUCUCUCUCUCUCUUUCCCCCUUUUAAUUCUAUACUGCUUUGCAUCACUCGCUACCACGUCUCCUAAUCAUCAUCAUCUCCUAAUCGUCUUUCAACCUAAUAUCCAUCUACCCCCUAAUCUUACCCACUCCAAAUCACUUGCUCUCGUCUCAAGCACCAACGUCGUGCAGAAGACAAGAGCCAUGACGGUCUCCCACGAUUAUUCACUCAGGGGUUCCUCCCAGAACAACAUGGCUACCCUGGAAGAUAGAUUUGAGGUGUUGAAGGAAAUCGGGGAUGGAUCCUUUGGGAGCGUGUCUCUCGCUCGAGUCCGAACCGCUGGCUCGAACGUAGCACGCCGGGGAACCAUGGUCGCGAUCAAGACGAUGAAGAAGACUUUUGACUCCUUCGCUUCUUGUCUAGAGCUCCGAGAAGUCAUUUUCCUGCGGACCCUGCCGAGUCAUCCUCACUUGGUUCCCGCUCUCGACAUCUUCCUGGACCCCCUGACCAAGAAGCUGCACAUCUGCAUGGAGUACAUGGACGGCAACCUCUACCAAUUGAUGAAAGCACGGGAUCACAAGUAUCUGGAGGGCAGACAUGUGAAGAGCAUACUAUACCAGAUCUUAUCGGGAUUGGACCAUAUUCAUGCUCAUAACUUCUUCCACCGGGAUAUUAAGCCGGAAAAUAUCCUGGUUUCCACGUCUGCACCCAACGAUUCCGCGUUCAGUCGAUACUCCAAUCUCGUCACACCCCCUUCGACGCCACCUACUUACACGGUUAAGAUUGCCGAUUUCGGGCUUGCUCGAGAAACCCAUUCCAAGUCGCCAUACACCACGUAUGUGUCGACGCGAUGGUAUCGUGCCCCAGAGGUCCUCCUCAGGGCCGGCGAGUACUCAUCACCCGUCGAUAUGUGGGCAGUGGGUGCCAUGGCGGUGGAAAUCGCUACAUUGAAGCCGCUGUUCCCUGGGGGUAAUGAAGUGGAUCAGGUGUGGCGUAUCUGCGAGAUUAUGGGCAGUCCAGGAAACUGGUACAACAAGUCCGGUGCUAAAGUCGGUGGUGGUGAAUGGCGCGAGGGCAAUAGAUUAGCCCAGAAAUUGGGCUUCACCUUCCCCAAGAUGGCACCUCACUCCAUGGAGAGUAUCUUGCCGCCACCGCAGUGGCCCCAGGCUUUGAGCAACUUCGUGACGUGGUGCUUGAUGUGGGAUCCCAAGAACAGGCCGACUACCACUCAGGCUUUGAACCAUGAGUACUUUGCUGAUGCAGUCGAUCCUUUGAGACCCAAGUCGUCAGCUUCGAGACUGCUCGGUCGGAAGCUCUCUGAAAAGAGUUUCAAGUCUCCCUCCAAGGAUUCCACCGACUCUCCAGCAUUGUCUACAAAAUCUUCUUGGUUCAGAAGAUCGAUUAUCGGAAGAUCAGAAAGCCCUGCUCCUGCUGUUGAGAAUGACCAGCAAGCGCGGCCACCCAUGGUGUCUUACAAUACCACGCCCGAGGUGCAAGCCCAGAAGGGCCGGUCAGUCACGAACAAGCGAGCAACCUGGACCAACGGGGCUCCAAUGCCCAUUCUGCCUUCUAUUCGACCUGUGUCACCCCUGUCAAAUGCUGUUACCGCGCAGGCAAACUCCAGCCUGGCUCACAACAGCGACAACACUGGUACGAACCCGGAUGAGGCUGGUAAGGCCUCUACCAAGAAGAUCGGUCGUCAGUUGUCAGUGAACUCCAACAGCAAUCACUACGCGGAUCUUCACAGGCAGGAGGCGGAAAGGGCAUUAAACGGCCUAGGAGGUGGGGUGAACUCGUCGACUACGCAGAAGGAGAGUUUCUUUUCGCAUCUGCGGAAACGGGCUCGCAGACUUUCCGGUCGCAACCAGGCAGCAGCGGCAGGAGCCAAUUAUGACAUUGAAGCGAACGCUGGCUGGUCUAAUCGAUCCUCGUUGGCCCUUGACUCCGUCAACAUCAUGGACUCCAAAUCGAGCGGUUUUUCCGACUUGGAUAAAGCUCUUCAGAACGUGAAGUAUGAUAGUGACUCUGCGAAUAUUCCCGCCCAACUUGCCUCUCCGUCGAGCAAUACUCCUAAGCGGCAGUCAAUGCCUCAAGGCUCCAUCCGCUCCACAGCCGAGAGCCCAACGUCGAUGGCUGCCGGCAAUGGACCAAUCUCCAGUCGGACGUGGCGAGCUAUGCAGAUGGCCACUCAUCCUGUUCAUCGGUAUGAGACCCCUGAGGAGGAAGACGAGCUUCUUGAUGAGGUGCUGCAUUCUGCAAACGCGGCUGCCAAACGCCUUGCUCAGCGGUACGAGGAUUCAACGUCCUCGCUGUACAAGGAUGACAGUUCGACGUUGGCAAAUGAUUCGGGUCAUGCGCUACCGAACCCAUACCCUACUCCUUCCCCUUCCGCCAAGCGCGACGGCGUCUCUUUCGGUGACAGUGAGAUGACUCCCGUACGGCACGCAAAUGCCGGCGAUGGGAAGACUGAGGGUGAAAAGUUGAAUUGUCAGUGGCCCACUCCCCCUUACGAGGAAAAUGAAUGGGCCAGUUCAGUCGCUGCGAGCAUUCUCGCAACUGGAUCUACCUACAGGUAG